UCCAAAUUAAAAAAGAUCGGAGGCUCGUGGACGGUUCUGAAAUUCAGAUUGUGAGGUUGUGGUAACUGCUUCGAAAUUCGAUCUUCACAUUGAAUCGCUGCCGAAGUCUACCCUUUCUAUGGAUUUCGUUCUUCGCAAAUCAAAGCAGGCUCGAUUCAAAGACCGGUCUUGGCAGCGAACUGGCGGGGACGACCACCGGUUAGGUGGGCUUUGACGAUUUGAUUAGCGGAGGUGGUUAUCUUGAUCAAUCUUGGCGGGGAGGCACUCGACGAGGUGGGCUCUUGACGAUCUGCCUUAAUGAGCAUCUUCACGCUGUGGUUCAUGGGUCUUCAAGGUUCGGUGAUCACAACAUCAUUAAGUCACCUUGGGUACCAAAUCGAUUAGAGGCCAUAGCCGAAAAGGUUCACUUGAGGUUGAGCGGGGAAGAUGGUUGUGUGGCAAACACCCCAACUAAGAAUUGACCGAAGAUGGUGCCUAGACAUGACCUAGAUGUUCGGCGAUGGUAGGGGUUUGUCGAUAAACAGGCUAAUGAUCGGCAGUGGCCCCCUGGGCUGGAGGAUAACCGAAAGCGGCGCUCUGAACCGGAGACCGGUCGGUUUUUGCCUCACAAACCAGAAACCGACAGGUGGUGGCGCUCUGAACACGGGUUUGGUUCAACGUAGACUAUUGUUUCGAGAAGAUGGUCUGAGAAUGUUUGGUUGGGAUCGAGGUGGGGGUAAUGCCAUUUUUUCUUUCGUGAUGAAGUUGACGAGUUGAAGGAGUUGCAGGAUCUACGUUGUUGCGUGAAAUAAAUCUUGGGUCUGAUUCUUGACUUGGUGAUCAAUUAUAGAGGUCGUGAUUCUUCAUGGUAAGGUUGACGGUAUCUUUUGAAUCUUUGAUCGAAUUUUGUCAAGCGAGUGGAUGUUUGAGAGCCUAGAAGACAUCGAAGGUGACUCAGUGGAGCGCUGUUCUUGGCCCUUUACACAGUGGUUCCUUUGGCUAGUGCUGACCUUCGUGACGACCAAUACGACUCCGUUUGUUAUCGGGAACUGGUGGCUGGUUCCCAUAUUUUGCCGGUGACUAUUUUUCGAUAAGAGAUGAAUCGGUGAAGAGUAGGAUUCUGGUUUGCAUCAGUGGUAUGCGUAUCCUUAUCAGGUCUGGUCGGCAUGCUUUCUAUAUUUUCCUGGUUGGCACUUGUUCCUUUUGGUUCUGGUUGAUUUUUGUGAAUAAUGGGUUCUAAUAAUGAAUAACCAUAUGCUUUUCAGAUCGAUAAAACAACAUGUUUUCAAUCACUUUUUAAUCAAAAUUGGUUUUCAACAUUUAACGGGUUCUAAAACUGGUUUCAAACCAGUUUUGAAAUAGUAUAACCGGUUUUGAAAAAUAUGAAAUCAAUUCGAUUUAAAAAUCAAACUAUUAAAUUUGGUUCAGUCUGGUUCUUAUCAAAAACUGAACCAAACUGGUCCACGCACAUCCCUAACUGCAACAACAUAUGCUCCAUUUUGGAUGUUGAGAAUCCCGCUGUCUCUUCCCCAAUACCACCAGUUGCCCUUGUGAUAGGAGCCACCUGACCUACUAACCUGUAAAAUCUCAUCAUAUCAAGAAAAAAUCAAGUAAUCAAUAUUGAUCACAGAAGCAAAAGGUCGGAAUUUGGAACUUCCUAUUUGUUAUUUUCUGAUUUGGGACAUGUUUAAUUUGUGUCUCCUAUGCUCCAUAUUGACAUGUAAUAGCAGAUUCUAAAUUUCAUUUAGAAAGGUAUGAUGAGAAAACUUUGAUAGCUAAAUGCUAAGGAGUGUCAUCCGUCAUUCUCACAGCAAUAAUAAAUAAUUGCUUCUUAUCAUUAUUAAUCCUGGUUGCCCACCUGAAUAAAUUUAUGAAUAUAAAAAAAUCUCUCAUGACAUGGGCUAGCUCAAUGUAAGCCGGGCCGUAGGCUGUGCUGGGCCAGCCUACCCAUUUACACCCUUACGUGUAGUAACGUAUUUUAUAUGAAAAAAAAAACAGUACAAAUAGUUGUGAUUUCUGGAAUUUUCUAGAGCAUUCUCAAAGCAUCAAAAACAUCUUCCGAAUGCCACGAAGGCUGCGACGCUCGCCCAUAAACCCCUCAUCAGCACACCGUAGCCCAAUUCGAAGUUCAGAAUCCUCGUACAGAAAAGAAGAACAACGAAGGUCAGAGAAACUGAAGAAGAGAAAGAGAGGAGACAUGGGUGUUGAUUAUUACAAGAUCUUACAGGUUGAUAGGAAUGCCAAAGACGAUGACUUGAAGAAGGCUUACAGAAAGCUCGCCAUGAAAUAUCACCCAGAUAAGAACCCAAACAACAAAAAAGAUGCUGAAUCGAAAUUCAAAGAAAUCUCAGAAGCCUACGAGGUGCUGAGUGAUCCUCAGAAGAGGGCUGUCUAUGAUAAAUAUGGGGAAGAGGGUCUGAAGGGUCAGGUGCCACCUCCUGAUGCUACUUUUGGUGGUGCUAAUGGUGGAAGUAGAACCACUUUCUAUUCCACCGGAGACAUUCCGACGUCGUUUAGGUUCAAUCCGCGGAACGCUGAUGACAUUUUUGCUGAGUUUUUUGGGUCCUCGAGCCCGUUUGGGGGCAUGGGAAGAAGUAGUGGUGGUGGUGGUGGUGGCGGCGGCGGCGGCUUUGGAAUGAGAUCGAGGUUCUCUAAUGGGAUGUUUGAUGAUGAUAUGUUUGCAUCUUUUGGGGAAGGAGGAGGAGUUCAUGUGAGUCAAAGUGCCCCUCGUAAGGCUCCUCCCAUUGAGAACAGGUUGCCUUGCUCUCUCGAAGAUAUUUAUAAAGGGACCACUAAGAAGAUGAAGAUUUCUAGAGAAGUUGUUGAUGCCACUGGCAAAACCAUGCAGGUGGAGGAGAUCUUGCCGAUUAAUGUCAAGCCUGGUUGGAAGAAGGGGACAAAGAUCACCUUCGCAGAGAAGGGAAACGAACAGCCAAAUGUGACUCCUGCAGACCUUGUUUUCAUUAUCGAUGAAAAACCGCACAGUGUCUUUACCCGUGAUGGUAAUGAUCUGAUUGUAACCCAGAAGAUUUCUCUUGCAGAAGCCUUAACUGGUUACACAGUGAACCUCACUACAUUGGAUGGUAGAAACUUAUCCAUACCAAUCAACAAUGUUAUUCCUCCUGAUUAUGAGGAGGUUGUUCCAAGAGAAGGAAUGCCACUCCCAAGGGAUCCAACAAUGAAGGGUAACUUGAGGAUAAAGUUCAACAUCAGAUUCCCAACCAGGCUCAAUGCAGACCAGAAGGCAGGAAUCAAGAAACUCUUGGGAUCCUGAAAUAUAUAAAUUGUCACAACUCUUGUGGCGCCUUUCUUUGAAAAUAUAUAUUAGAUUACCAGAAUCUUGACAGGAGGGUGAAUGGGAUAAUUUGGUUGUUUUUAUAUAUUUAUUUUAACUUAAUAUAGUGAUUAAAUUUGUAGUCCCGGCAUUGGUUUUUGGUUAAAAAGCUCUUUUAAAGUGAGCUCAUAAAGUGCACUGGUAACAAUAUAUUUCACCAUUGAGUUUUAGUAUGAUAAUAAGGUAUACAUGUGCAGUGAUUUUCUUCUUGUAAAUUGAUAUAAGGUGUAUAUAUAUGCAGUGUGGAUUUUGUC